UAUUAGACAGUGGCGACUCGUAGCGGAGACUUUUCGGAUUAAUUGUGACGUGACGAGCGAAGGUAAACGUGGUAAUUAUUAUAACCUCUCUGAAAAGCCUGGAGAAACUUGAUAUUUGUUUAGUCACAGAUUAGCGUGACACCAGUAGAAAUUCAGUUUGAAUAAUUGGUAUUGUCGUAAAAUGCCAUGAGCAAUUUCAAAGUAAAUUUGUCCGUGCCUUUCCCAACUGUGAGGGAAGCAGAAGUGGCUUAUCAGGUACUCCGUGUUGACAAAGAACCACCAAGAGGUGGAGUGACUAAGGAGCUUGUAUUAAACAAUAAUAUCCUAGAAGUGUCAUUUAAUGGCAAAGAAGCACGAAAGGUACGUGUGGGACUUACAUCUUUCUUUGACAAUCUGUUGCUAGUCACAGAAACUAUCCAACAAUUUGGCCCACCUGAACCAACGUACAAUUAUUAUUAGCCAAUGGUGUCUUUUCCUAGCAUUUUGAUUAAU